AGAUUUUUGUCCCUGUGAUGUGUGAAACGUGUGGCGGCACGCUCGACACCAAAGCUGCAGUUUUUCGAUUAACGGUCCAUUUUGCGAUAGUGCUCACACCGAAAAAUAAGCUCACUUAUUAUUCAGCUGUUUAAUCAUAACUUCACAUUGCCAAUCAUCGAAAAAAUAUCGACCAGUGGCCAGAUCCUCGGGAAGGACAAAGAGAUUGGACUGCGUCCAGAGAUAACAUCGAGAAAUAACAGACGUGUGAUUUUUUGGAGGGAACCGUUGAAGAUGGCUGAUGUUGCAGAGCAAGCCCCCUUCACUGACCCAGCAGCGGCAAUAUCACAGGGUAAACGUCAUCUACUCGUACGUGAUUACACAGCAGCGGUAACAGCCUUUGCCGAGGGACUUGAAUUGCUAUCCCAGAAACACGGAGAUUGCGGUGAUGAACUCGGUGAGCCGUAUCUACUUUAUGGUCGUGCAUUGCUUGGAUUAGCCAGAGAAGAGACUGGGGUACUCGGUGGUGGUGUACCUGGGGGUGAUGAGGAGGAUGAGGAGGACGAUGAGGACGAUGAAGUGGAUGAUGAAAAGUUGAGUGGUGUCGAUGAGAAGGAUGAGAAGGAGGAAGAUGGUCAGAAUAAAGAGGUGACUGUUGCUACUGAAAGAGCGUCAGCCUCAAAAGAGGGUGAGAAUAAAUCUGAGAAUGACAGCGAAAUUAGUAAAACUGAUGACAAUAAGAUUGAGGGGGAAAAGGUGGAGAAGCCUGAGAAUGCUGGCGAGAGCCUACCAAGUAGUAGUAAUGGAUCGAGAAUGGAGAAUGGAGAGGGUAUCGAGAAAAAUGGUAAUACUAUUCAGAAUGGAGAGGGUGAGGGUGAGGAUGUUAAUAAAGAGGAGGAGGAUGAAGACCCGGGACGUGGAAUCGAUCUUCAAGUUGCUUGGGAAGUACUUGAACUUGCUAAAAUGGUUUUCUUCAAACGUGGACCUAGUGGAUACAAACAGCUGGCUGAGGCGCACAGGCUUCUCGGUGAAGUUGCUAUGGAGAGUGGUAAUCAGCAAGUGGCUGUGUCUGAUCUUGAGAAGGCGUUGAAAAUUCUUGAGAAUGUUGAGCCUCGUGAAGCAAGAGCAAUGGCUGAGUUGCAUUAUCAGCUCGGUUUGGCUCAUUCACUUGGUAAUGAUUUUGAUGCCAGUAUCGAGCAGUUCAAUGAAGCAACGAAUUUACUCGAGGCAAGGAUAAAGGAACUCGAGAGUGCUGAGGAAUCACCGAAGAGUGAUGAUCCGUUUUAUACGGUUGAGGGAGAGAUCAGUGAGCUCAAGGAACUUUUGCCUGAGAUUCAGGAUAAAAUCGCGGAUAUGAAGGACUUUAAGCAAGAAGCUUGCAGACUUGUUAUCGAGGGAAUUAAGAGCAAAGUUGCUGGUGGAUGUACCAAUGGAGUUGGAACGAGCUCGGAUGGUCCUUCAGCCAGUGGCACUUCAGAAUCACCCAAAAUCGCUAAACCUGCUAGUGAUAUUUCACACCUCGUCAGGAAGAAACGUAAAAAUGAGGAGCCCGAACCAGAGGCUGCGUCACCCUGUAAGAAACAAACUCCAUGAAUCGUUAAUUAGCGAAGACGUCAAGGGUAAUUUAUCAAAUUGUUUCCUAGUCGAGUUUUGGAGGAAUAUCUCAGAAUAUAAAAAAAACAGUGAGAUUCGUGUUACAGCGUUUUUUUUUUCUUUUUUUUGGAGCGGAAUGAGAGCUACGAAAAAGGUUGUUACAAAAAUUUCAGUAUCUCUCGUAGAUUCAGAGAUAUUCGUUGAAAACUUGCCCGUUACUUACAUCGAUUUGUUACUCUUUAUCUCUUCGCUACUGAAUUAAUUUUCGGUAGUUGCGGAAAAAGAAAGGAGAGGACGGAAAUAAGAGGAAAAGAGAAUGAGUGAGAGGAAGGAAGAGGAGUUGGGGGCGCAUUGAAUUUUUUUUUCCUCGUGGAGGCAAAAUCGUCCUUCAUAUCUCCUCAUGAGUAAAUGUCCGGAGUUGUCUGCUGAAAGGUUUUAAUAAGACGCAGGCAUAAAGCUGCGAAAAUGUUGUGAGUUACUUCUUUUCAAUAACAAAAUGUUUCAACUUUCCUCAUGUUUAUUGUUUUAACCAUAUGAUAAUUAUUCGUUUGCUGAAUGAUAGCGGUAGUACUUUAGUUUAUUUAUUCAGAUUUCGUACUAUUAUUCUGAUGGGAAAAUGUACUUCGUUGAGGAACAACUGUUUUUAGCAGUGUUCUGUGUAUUUUUUGAAUCCCUUUAUUUCCAGGGACAAUCCAGUUGGUUUAUAUGCACGAAAUUUUUCAUAUCUCCCUCGAAUAUCCUCAAAGUAAACUUGUAAUUUGUUUGUCCCUCUCAAUACAUGGCAUUAACCAAUUUUUUUUUACUGAAAUUUCACUUGAACUAUAACGUCGUAGAAAAAAUAGACAUAACUUUCCUGUUGUUAUUCUCACAAGGAUGACCUUUUAAACUUGACAUUUGAAAAGGAUAUGAAAUAUAUUCAAGGGGCAACAUGGAAAUUUUUAUGCAUAAAAAUGAGCCAUGAAGAAGCAUGACUGGAGUGUAUUUAGAAUAAGAUAAUGAGUAAGAAAAUCAAGUUGUAAUAAUAAAAAAGUUGAUUGUCAUUUUU